GGUCACGUUUACUUAGGUUUAGACGUUCAUUUGAAAGGGAGUUCGUUCCACAGCUGACACCCACAGGCUGGGCGACCGCUUUUCCAUUCCGUUUUUUCAGCCUAAGAGUUUUAAAUGAAAUUAAACUGCGUUGUAAGAGGUUGAGGAGUCACCAUUCCUUUCGGCUGCUGAAACGGCGAACGGCUGAACGAAAGUGGCGGGGACCCGGCUGUGACGGGUGCGGAAGCGACAAAACUCCACGAUGGAGCGCAAUCCUAUUCACAAGGAAGCCUUGGAUGUGGUGUUGGGGGCGUGUUUCCUCCUGGUGGCGAUCUGCUCCUUUGCAGCCAUGGUACUGCUGCUGCAGCGAUUGAGCCGACCUCACAAGGAGGAGGCGCCGGAGGCCCGACCGCCGCUUCGCAGGACCCACUCGAGCUCCGCCUCCGCCACCUCCUACAAGCCACUGGCAGGGGAGCUCUCGUUCCGGCGCCGCGCCGAGGCCGCAGCCCAAAAGCCAGCCGACACCUCCGGGCCGGCGGUGGCCACCGCCGCCGCCGCCGCCACAAUCCUCACGGCGCUGGUGUCAGACGCGCCGGCGCCUCCCGCCACAGCCGCCGCGGCCGCAGCAGCGGCGGAGCUCGCGCCGCGGCAAAGGGAUGAGCCGGCGCCACUCACCCACGUCGACCGCACCGCCGACGCACGGACGGCGCAGCACCGCCCCUCGCACCCGCACUCUCACUCUCACUCUCACCCGCACCCGCACCCGCAUGAGGAGCCGGCGGCGCCGCGGCACUCCGCCACCAUCACCCUGCCAACGGCGGCGCCGCCAGCAGCCGCCCGCGCCGCCGCCGCCGUCGCCGCCGCCGCCGCCAGGGGUCGCGCGACCGCGCCGCAGCUGGCGUCGCCGGUGUCGCCUGUGCCGCCGGGCGCACCCACGUCGGCGGCGGGCUCAGGCACCGCAUGGAGCUCCCCCACAAGCGCCGCUUCCCACCGCGACGGCAGUGGUGCCAACGUGCUCAUCAGCGGCAGCAGCGGCGGGGUCCACCUGCUCAGCGGCUGCGGCCACCUGCUCAGCGGCAGCUCCCGCGUCGCCUCGCGCCGCGGCUCGCGCCCGGGCUCCCGCAACGCCAGCGGCACCAACAUGUUCGAUGAUGAUCAUGACGAUUGUUCGUUUGUGUACGACCCUGCAACGCGGUCGCUUCGCGCCGUCGCCGGCAGCGGCGCCGCCGUCGGCAGCUCCCGCCGCGCGGGCUCGGGUGUGGCGCUGCAUACCGCAGCCGGGGCGCCGACGGCCGCCUCCGGGGCCGGCGUCGGCGGCGGCAGUGGCAGCGGCAGCCUGCGGACGGCGGGGUUGGCCCGGGAGAAGGAGAGGGAGAUGGAGAGGAAGAAGGAGAGGGAGGUGGACCUGGAGUUGCUGAGCCGCAUUGACAUGGCGCUGAGCAGCGGUGUGAUGAAGCCGGAUCAGGCGACAGAGCUGCUGAUGAAGAGCUUUGGAUGCGAUCUGGAGGAGAUGAUCCGCGAGGAGCUGGGUGACGAGGCCUUGCCCCCCGGCGACCGCUCCUCAGUUCCCUCAAGGGCCUGCAGCAACGCUGGCGGAGCAGCCGGCGGCGGCUGCAACAGCCUCUUCAGCACGCAGUCUAUCCCCAGCCGCCCAAGCAGCGGCACCAGCGCCUUCGCCGCCUGCGCUCCCGCCAUCGGUGGCGGCCGCCGGCAGCCGCUCAGUGCCAGUAAGCUGUCUAGCGGCGGCGCAGGCGGGGUUGCGGCCGUCUAUGGCGCCGGCGGUUGGUCGGGUGUGCAGUCGCCGGCGCCGCAGUCGCCGGCGCCAGCAGCCGCAGCCGUAACGCGCACGUCGCCGGCUAGCGGUGCGAAUGCCGUCGCUGGGGGCCGCUCGAUGCGGCGCGAGGGCAACUCGGACGUCCUGGCGCAGGCUGCGAGUGGAGGUGGCGGCGGAGACAGCGACACCCACCCUGCUGGCGAAGCCGUGGGCGCGGUUGCACAAGCCGGCACCGGCGGCAACCGCAGCGGCGGCGGAGGUGGCGGCGCGGGUGUUGGUGCUGGUGGUGUUGGUGGUGGCGGCGGGCCUCGCGAGCUGGAUGACCAGUUGUUGAUCAAGAUCGAUUUGGCGCUCGCCAGUGGCAUCAUGCGGCCCGAGCAGGCAACCGACAUUCUGAAGAGCUACGGAUGCAAUCUGGAAGGGCUGCUUUGCGACGAGCUGAGCGGCGGCGGCGGCGAGGUCACCGCGAGCGCAUCCCAGGUUCAAUUGCCUUCGUCACUCGAGUAGUGAUAUGGUAGACAGUGAAGAAACACAAUGGUUACGGUUAUGGGCUUGCACGUUGUGCUCGCGUCCUCUGUAGUCCGUGGCAAUGUCGACCCUAGCGGGGUUAUCGGGGGCAAUCAAUGUGCGCCGUACGCUGCCACUGCUCUGUCUUUUGCUGCCGCUGCGUACACGUGGUGGUGCUGCCUACGGCUUUUGAUUGUGUCACUGAUAGCGCUGCUGCUGCUGCUGCCAAUGCUGCCUCUGUCGCUGCUGCUGGUGCUGCUGCCGCCACUGAUGCUGCUAUGCUUCGUGCGCACCGCGGCACCUACCAGGCCGGCCGUGACUUGCACGGAUGGUGUGCGGCUGCUGCUUUUACAAAAUAUCGUUAACAAUUGUUGAAUAAAUGGUUACGCCCUUCCAUAAGUCUAGACGUGUCAAGGGAGCCGACGGGGUGAGGGGCCCAUUACGCGGCUGCUACCGUAUUAUCGUUUUAGUUGCCAUUAGGGCCGGUGUGAAUAGACAAAGGAUUGCGCGUGUGGGUGGCGGUGAUGAAUGCGGCAUUCCUGCGCGCCUGUUUGUAAUGCUAUGGAAUCGGUGCGCUGCGUUUCAUUGCUGAUGUCAUUCAAAGUUUUUCAAACGGAUGCAUGUUUUUGCUUGGUUUGCACGUUUUAUCUUUGCGGGUCACGUGCCCCAGCCGUACAUGGGCCGUGCCCGAUUGCUAGAAAGGACUUGAUGCGUGAUGCUGCCUGUGCACACGUUAUUUGGGGAGUUGUGUGGUGCUGAUGAUCAUCUUGCUAUGGAUGCAUGCAGGUUGGUUGGUGUGGCCCACAUGCCGUGAGCACUUUUAUGAGGAAUUGUGCAGGGAAAUGCAAAUGCUGGAUGCUGCCAGAUGCAAAAAGCGGCCUCAAUGCUGGUCCCAAUGCUAAUGCGAGAGUUGUUUCACUUCAAUGGGCUGAACGUCCAGGCAAGGAAAGAAUAAAAUUAUCGGUAUACGUACUGCGCAAAGGGGAGCGGGUGCCACGCAUACACGGGCCGUGCACCAAGAAGAAGAUGCGCGUGUUGUAGGCACGAGCGAAGGUGAUGAAAUGGGUUGAGCGGCGGUGGAUGUUGGGUCUGCAGUCCUUAUCUGGCCAUGGUACCGGUGUAAGCCGUGUAUGGUACGGUACAACGGUAGUCGCACAGGGCUGGCGAGGCAAGCGCGUGGAGCCUUCUAGGGGUCCCGGGUCCUGAGGCGCCGCUGCCCGCUUUUUUUGUGUGCGUGUGCGUGUGUGUGUGUGGAUGUGUGUGUGCGUGUGUGUGUGUGUGUGUGUGUGUGUGUGUGUGUGUGUGUGUGUGUGUGUGUGUGUGUGUGUGUGCGUGUGUGUGUGUGUGUGUAUGUGUGUGUGUGUGUAGGUUACGAGGGUGCUCGAAUAAUCAAGUAGGCUAACGUACGCACGCAAGGCUAGUCGUGUAGUGAGUGAGACUGGAUGUCCUCGGGCGGAGGGCGGCGCUAGGCGGCGGCGGACUAUGCAGCCGGCCCGGAGUUCGCAAGUGGUUAGUUUGUUUCUGUGUUUGCUGAGUGUUGGGACACUGCGCCCCGAUUACUAGCGCGAAAUAAAAUGUGGCCGCGCUGGUAUGAUGCAUGGUCAAAUUGGUGCAAUUACCAUACGCACAGAGGCCUACGGCAUACUUGUGUGCACUGACAAGUUAUGAUGGAGCAUCUUAUGCAAACAAAUAAAGUAGGCGCAUGUGCCGAAAGCAACAUACAGUAUAGCCGUUAGGCGAGAUGGAGCAGGCGAGCAGGGGGGGGAGUUGCAGCGUGGCCUGGGCGCCUGGGCCUCCCCUAAGGUGGGCGAUGUGGGGUUGUACCUUUGAGAAAGGCCGCUGGGGUAGGUAGCUAGCAACGGCCUCCUAACAUGGUAUCGAUCGAUUUCCUGUUUGAAUAAGACGACUGCGGGGGGGAGGCGUCGGAGCCAGGCCAGCGCGGCCGCCGGGCACGUUGUUCACCCUGUGUAACCUGGAUCCGAAUGGCAAGCCAAACCUACUGUAAAGUUAAAGACUU